AUGUCAGGAAAAAUAAAUUUUAUUAUUCAGAGCGAAGCAUGGAGGCAUCCCGAUACCCAAGGAGAUAAAAAUGUUUACGGAGUUAAAGAAUUUUAUUAUAAGAAGGAUGAGUUUAAAAAAUUUAGAUAUAUAAAAAUUGGGAAACGAAAGGAACAGUAUAUCAAAGAUAAAAAUUUACGCGGUUCAAAUGACGUUACGGUUGAUAAACUAACAGGAAAGAAUGGCAAAAUUUUCUUUGGUUAUAAUUCAACUGAAUAUCUUACAAAUGAAAUUACUUUCAAAGAGGUAAACGUAAUACAAAAUAUCGGAGAAGACAGAAUAGGGAAGGAAUUCACCGAGGCAGGAGAAACCAACACACCAAUUCCAGAAAAUACCGCCGAAACACACACCACGGAAACAGAAGAUACAUCAGAACCGGAAGCAACUGGGACACCACCAAAACCAGAAACAACCGAGACGUCAGAACAAACACCAGAACCAAACACAACGCCUCCUCCUAAACCCAUUAGUGUUUAUGACUAUUUCGAAAAAAAAAUGGCAGAUGAAGACCGAAAUUUAAGUGGGCUUGUAAAUGAAAACCAUGUAGACAAUAAACGGAAAUUCAUUAAAUAUGACUUUCUUAAAAGUAAACUGGAAGAAAUUUAUCCUCAAAAUCAAGGUUCUCAAAAUGGUAAUCCUUCCAGUGGAGACAGGCUUGCUCAGACUAGAAAAAAUGCUAUUCAAACCAUCACGGUUGCUCUAAAUCUAGAACCUGCCGUAAAGGAAAGCGAGUUAAAAAAUGAUGAAGCAUCUGAUACCAAAGCCUACGGAGAAAAGAAAGAGGAAAUUGAAACUCAAAAAAAACGGUCUGCUUCGGAAGACCCUAACAAAUAUCGUCGAAACGUUGCUAUUCCAGGAAUUAAGAACUUAAUGGCAAAAUACGAUAUUAAAGAAAAUGAAUUAGAUGAUGACGCAAAAAAGGACUGA